UGGCCUUUUUCGUCUCUUUCCGGUUUAGGAUUUUGUCCAGCGUGCUUGUUCUCCUAAGAGCUAAGGCCGAAAAAUACGAAAAUUAAUUUUUGGCAACUUGCACAAUAAUUAAUUAAACAAAACUAUCACUCACUAUGUCGACAAAAGCCGAGCUCGCCUGCGUUUACGCUUCCCUCAUCCUGGUUGAUGACGAUGUUGCCGUCACCGGUGAGAAAAUCUCCACCAUUCUGAAGGCCGCCAACGUUGAGGUUGAGCCUUACUGGCCAGGCCUUUUCGCCAAGGCUUUGGAGGGCGUUAAUGUCAAGGACCUGAUCACCAACAUUGGAUCCGGUGUUGGUGCUGCUCCAGCUGGUGGUGCUGCUGCUCCCGCUGCAGCUGCUGCCCCCGCUGGCGGUGAAGCCAAGAAGGAAGAGAAGAAGAAGGAGGAGGAAUCUGAUGUCUCUGACGAUGACAUGGGCUUCGGUCUGUUCGAUUAAGCGCCUAACGCAGGACGGCUACUGUAAAACAACGAUCAGUAGUGUGAAGUUUUGUAUCCCACUUUCGUACACGUUUUAAUGUACAAUAAAAGACGUUAACGAAAGUAAAAGCUA